AUGGCCUCCCACCGCAUCGGCGCCCGCCUCUCGGGCCUCUCGCCGGAGCAGCUGCUCGUAAUCAUCAAGGAGCAGGGUCCCUCACGCUCGCAGCUGUGCGCCAUCAUCGAGGCGCAGGCGGGCGCGAGCGACGCCGCGCUGCGCGUGGCGGAGGAGCACGCCGCACGGCUCGUGGAGCAGCCCGAGUGGGUGCUCUCCGAGGUCCUCCUCUCGCCGGACCUCGCCCCGCACAUCCUCGCCCAGCUGCCGAUCAAGGCGCACGCCGUCAAGGGGACGUGCCGCGCGUGGCGCCGCGGCUGGAAGGAGACGCUGAAGAGGCGUGAGAAGCCGCGCUUG